CUACCGCCAACUGACAGUUGUGAGGUGUACUACUCCAACCGCUCGGCUGCCUACGCUGCCCUGGAGCGAUGGGAUGAUGCAGCGACUGACGCACGACGUGUGCUGGCGAUUAAGCCGGGCUGGGCGAAGGGCUGGGCGCGGCUGGGUGCAGCCUGCAUGGGACUGAAGCUGUACGGCGAUGCAAAGGAGGCGUACGAGAAGGCCCUACGGAUCGAGCCGGAAGACCAGGCGUUAAGGCGAGCGUGUGAGAAGGUGCGAAAAUAA